AUGCCCCUCGAUAAGAGCAACAGCAACUGUUCCAUGGCCACGGACCGUUCCAUGGACCGUUCCAUGGACUCCUCCUGUGGUUCCCACGACAUGGAGGGUUUCAAGUUUGAGGCGGUGGCUGAUUUGAUGCAAGAGCAGCUUCGUGCCGAGAACAGUGUACGAGACCACAAGUAUGGCAUGAAAAAAAUCCCAAACUCGUUUUUGGGAUGUGAUGCAGUGACAGCUCUAAAAGACAUUUUGGAAACGGAGCGGUUGCAGUCCAGUGAUCCCAGCAGCUUUGGCAACAAACCUGUAACCCGAGAAGAGGCGUUGGAGUAUGGCCGCAAGAUUGCCAAGGACUAUCGAUUCUUUGUCCAUGUCAACGCUUGCAAGAACAAACAACUUGUUUUGGAAGAUACGGACAAGGAUGUGUAUGUCUUCCAAAAUAACUUGCCCAUUCAAGUGUACAAGAUGAAGAAGCAAUAUCCAACUCCCUGGAGCAGAGUCAAGGUUCUCGAAGAACAUGUGCAGGUGAAAGACAAUCGUGGAAUUGUCCGGGUAUUCCAAAACUCAUUUAUUGCCUCGGAAGCGGUGGAUGUCUUGAUGGAGCUGAAGCUGGUCCGAUCCCGAGGAGAGGGGACCCAUAUCAUGCAGAAGAUGAACGAUAAGGUCAAGUUCUUCAAGUCUGCAAACUCAACUGAUCAGUCUGAUUUCCGCGAUGACAAGGCCAUGUUCUUGCAAUUCACUCCCAAAGAAGAUCGGGUCCAAGAGCCCAAGCCCCAGAACGGCAAGAAGCGCAGUAGCAGAUCGUUGUCCCCAAAGGGCAAGAAGAGUGACAGAUCCUUGUCCCCCUCAAGGGGAAAGGGGAGUGACAGAUCCUUGAAGGGUGAUGAAUCGAAUCGCAGUCGAUCAAUGUCUCCCACGAAAGACAGGGCUUACUUUGAGAGCCGUGCCAAGGAUGUUCGAUCAGGCCUCGGCAAAUUCCAUGAGCAACGCAUUGCUUCCAACUGCGUGGCCUAA